AGAUCUAGAUCUAGUAGUGAUCUAAUCAUGUCUAAUGCAGUAGCAGUACUAGUCACUACUAGAUUAGAUUAAUUAGAUCUACCUUACUUAAAUCUACUCUUUAAUAUCUACUAGUACUAGACACGUCACUAGUAGAAUGACAAGAAUAGAUGCACUACUACUCUGUACUUAGUCCCAGUAGGCAGUACUCACUCAUGAACUAGAUCGACUGAUCAAGAGUAAUCUAGAUCUAAAAUCUAAUCUAGACUCUAGUGACCUCUAGACUCUAGUCAGUCUAGUCAUAGUCUAGUAUGGUAUCUAGAACAAAUUUAUUUAUAGAGCAGUCAGCAAUGAGAUUUAAAAAAAAAAAACAUAACAAACUAUUAUUCCGAUUUGAUAAGAGAUUUUUUAAAAAUCUAGAAAAGCCUUUGAUGAAAGAAGGAGAUGUAUGCAUCACAGUUUUCUUGCUUAAAAAAUGAGUAGUGAAUCAAAAAGUGACUUUGUACGUAGUUAUAAAUAUCAAGAUUAUUCAGGAGCUGUUCCGACAAAAGCCUUUUUUGAAAAGAGUGCUUCUCUUGGAGAGUAUUGUGAACCUGUAGACAGUCGACGUGCCAAGAAAAUUGUGGAAGAGGGAUAUAAUUCUGACCCAGAUCACAGAUAUGCGCAGCCACAAGAUGCUGUGAAAAAAGUGAAAUCACAGAUGCCAGAAGAAUUAGGAACUGUAUAUAAUUUAGCUAAAGUGCCAGAUGACAGUGAAGGAACUACUCCAACUAAGAAACCUUCUCCUAAACCCAGAUCUGCAAGAAAUAAGUAUAUUGGGCAAGGUGAUACCCAGCCCUUGAGGAGUGAUGAAGAUAAAACACAGCCCUCUCACCUUGAGAAUGUAAUGAAGAAAGACAACAAGGUUAAAUUAGCCACCUCCCGUGAUCCGUUAAAAAGGCCUGGUAAAAAAGUAGUAGAGAUUGAAUAUGAGGUGGCCAAAACCAUUUCAGCUUCUCCAGUUGAUGCUAGACAAACAAAGCCCCCCAGUGAUAACCAUUCCAGUAUUACAUCCAACAGUAUGAAAUUACAAACGUCUGCAUUAAGCCCAGUGAAAAGUGCCAGUUCAUCAGCAUCCACCCAGGGGACAGGAAAAGAUUUUGUUUAUAGUGUAAGUAAAUCUUUUAGUCCACCAGUGGGUGCUGAAGCUACCUAUGAGGAGCCUUGGGAUUUAAAGAUGAAGAGACUGAAACAGGAACAAGAAAGAGGCAGUAAAGAUCCUUGUAAACCCACAGAGAAAAGCCCAGGGAUCAAGCGGGGGGAGUCUUUAUUUGAAGAUGCUAUUGAAAGCUUUCCUCAGAAUGUUUUGGAGAAUAGACCAAGCUAUUUAAGAACUGUUUCCCAGACUUCUGAAAUAGAUGUAUUCCAUGAUGCCUUAGAUACAGUCCAGGGUCAAAAGUUUCAAAAAGAAAAUGAGACUCCUGCUUCUGCCAAACGCUUACCAAACAAUACUUAUGAAGAUGCUUGGGAUUUGAAGAAUAGCUUGCUGGAACAAAGAAUACGACAAAUGCAAAUUCAAGCUACAGCUGCUUAUGAAGAACCUUGGGAUGCCAACAAACAGCAUCAACUUCUACAAGCCAAACUUCAAGAGGAAGAGAAAAAGGUGGAUCAGGAGAGAUCUCCAAGACAUAAAUCUAUUACAGAUGUUUGUGAUUCUCCUUUGGAUGGUGGCAACAGCGAAUCAAAAACUAUUAUUGCCAGAGGAAAGUAUCAUAGUAUGGAUGAGUCCAAAAUCAAAUCAAAGGGCAGAGGAUGUAAUGUAGGUCAGCAAAUCAAUCCCUUGAUUCCCUUAGCAAAUCAAAAUUGGUAUCAUGGCAACAUAAGUCGAGACGAUGCUGAAAAAAUGCUGCGUGUCUGUAAAGAUGGGAGUUACAUUGUUCGGGUCAGCUCAGAUAGGAAGUCAUUUUCAUUAUCUAUUAAGAGUCCAAAGCAGUAUAUUCAUGUCCAGAUUGAACAAGUAGUAGCUGAAGAUGGAAGCAUCUGUUAUAUACUGGGCAAAAACAGCAAAACCUUCCACACUAUCCCAGAAAUGAUUGAUUACUACACCAAUCACAGAGUGCCUUUAAAAGGCACAGAGCACAUCACACUCUUACACCCUGUUGAAUGCAAGUGGUCUUAACAGUAGAGAUCUAAAUAAAUCUUGGGCACUAAUAUCUAGCAUUUGUUACAGAAAUGUUUGUUCAUUUUUGGACACUCAAAAUCAGCCAAUGACUGAUCUUAGAAGUUCGUUUAUUUUUUUUCGCACUUUAAAUUUAUACUUUUUUUCUUUGAAUUGGAGAUACUAAAAAACCAAAUUCAUAACUCAAGUUUGCUUACACAAUAAUGUCUCACAUAUUAUAGAGUAUGUUCUCUUCUGGUACAAGCUGGUACUGAAACAUCUUUACUAUUGUUUUUGUAUUGCACUAAUGUAUCAAGUAAGAUGCAAAAACACCAAAACUUUUUUUCUUUAAUUCUCACUCUGAAAUCAUUUCCAAUAUCUCUGGCUAAGUCAAGUUCAUUUUUUUUUAAUUGCAUGCAUAUAUGUCAGUGUUAUGCACUUUGUGCUGAAAAUUGUCUAUGAACUGUUUGUUUCCUUCUUUGCUUCUUCCUCUAGAUCUAAAUGUUGUGUUCAGUUUCUGUACAAAUAUUUUCAUGGAAGACACACUAAUUGCAUUUCAAAAUAGAUGUUGACUAAAUGAUGGAUUUUUUCUUUUCAUUACGACAUCUGUUGUUUUUUUUUUAAUUUGUCUGUUAAUCAAUAAUGAUUUGCAAUGUCUUUUAACACUCAAGUUGUACAAAUAUUUUCAUGGAAGAUGGACAACUUGCAUUUCAAAAAUAGAUCUAAAUGUUGGCUAAUUGAUGGACUUUUUUUUUUCAUCAUGACAUCUUUUUUUUUUUAUUUGUUUGUUAAUCAAUAAUGAUCUGCUAUGUCUUUUAACACUCAAGUUGUACUUAUAAGUGUGAAAGUUGAGAGUUCUGUCAAUACCUAUAGGUUCAAAGAACAAGUACUGUUAAGUCCACCUAUUCUUAAAGCAAACACUAGGUAAAGAAUGUCAUAUGGCCAGCACAACUUCUUUUACUUUUUCCCUUAUUAUUGUUAGUUUAUUCAAGCUGAACAAGAGUGUAUUAACUCUUUCUCUCCUAACUGACGAUACCAGCAUUGAUUCCACUAGAAUGUGGUAAAUAAUUACAGAGAGAAAGAGUUAAAGUGCCUGCCCUGUCAAACUUGUGAGCCGCAGUUGAACAGCCAAGUACUCUCUGCCUCCUCACCUGUACAUCUCAAGUGUUUAAUAGUAAACUUUUAUAAGUGCUGCUGAUUGUACCCAAUUGUAAAUGUUACACUAAAGGUUAAAUAGGCUUGUGAGAUUGAUUAGAUGAAAAAUAAUAGAUUAAAAUGUAGAUCUAGUUCAAUCAAUCAAAACAACCACAAAAUAGUCAAAUACUGUAUUAUAUUAUUAAAAAAUUAUUUGUUAUACUUAUACAAGUUUGAUUUUUUUACAUUUAUGAUUCAAUAAAAUGUUUUUUUUGUUUUUAAAUUCCUAUUUGUAAUCAAAGAACACAAUUUUAAAUAAUGUUGAAAGGUACCUGUUGAUUUUUAUUUUAAACUUUUUACAUUUCAAGUACCAGUUCUUAUUUUAAACAUUUCAAAACUACAUUAAUUUUAAGGAAUGUCAAAUGUCAAGGUACUUCAAAAAAAAAAAAACUGUCAUUCAUACAUAGCUUUGUUGGUACUCUCUAAACUAGCUAAAGCUGUAGAAUAUUUAUUCAGUCAAUUUAUUCAAGUUCAUAUUUCUACAAUACAUAAAAAAGAGUUAUAACUAUAUAUAUAAUACAAUAUUUAAGAGAUUAUAAAGUAUUUAAUGCAAGUAGUGUUCAAAUGAUAUUGGUUGUUAAAUUUAAAGCUUGUUGUUAGGGGGAAAAAUCAAUUUAAGAGUAUGGUUUCUUCCAGAAUAAUUUUUUAAAAUACUCUACCAGCAUUUAUUAAAACAUUAUUUAUUCCAUUUUCAUAUGUGUCAUUGGUGUAAAUAUUUUUGUUUCAAGGUGGUACUUCUUGUUAUAUAUAUGCAAACAUUGAGGUUUAUGAAACAUGUCUUAGUCAUCUUCAUAGCAACUUCAUUGUUAUUUUAAUUACAGUUAUCAACUAUCUUCAAGCCUUAUUUGUGCACUCAUGAUGAAUAAUAAAUGUAAACAACCAUUACAAAAAUUGAUAACAAAUGAUGCUUUAUGUUUGUAAUAGCUGUUUGAUAUGCUGAAAAAAAUUAAUUUGUUAUAAUUUGCAUUUCUAUCUUAUGUUGAUUCUUUAGAAUGCUUUUUUUUCUUAAUAAAAGUAAAUUUUGUUUAAAAAUUGAA